GAAAAGAACAAAUAUCAAAAGAUAUAUAAUGUCAGCUUGUAUUUUCUGUAAAAUCAUCAAGGGAGAAAUCCCUUCUUUCAAAUUGAUUGAAACAAAAUUUUCUUACUCAUUUUUAGACAUUCAACCAACUGCUGAAGCUCAUUGUUUGGUAAUUCCAAAGCACCAUGGUGCUAAAUUGCACAAUAUUCCUGAUGAAUAUUUGGCCGAUAUUUUACCAGUAGUUAAGAAACUUACCAAGGUUUUGGAAUUGGACGUCAAUAAUACCCCUGAAGGAGAAGGAUACAAUGUGUUACAAAACAACGGACGUAUUGCUCACCAAGAAGUUGAUCAUGUUCAUUUCCAUUUGAUCCCAAAGAAGGAUAGUAAGACUGGUUUGGGUGUUGAAUGGCCUGCUCAAGAAACUAAUUUCGAAAAAUUGGGUCAAUUACAUAAACAACUUCAAUCUCGUUUAGCUGAGUAUGAUGAAAAGUUAUAAACAAAAUUGCAAGACAAAUACAAAAAAAUGAUUAACGAAUGAAUAAACAACUGGUGAUUCAAACCUGCCUGUAGCAAUAUGAAGAGAUGUAGUGCUUGUUCAUUUAAU